AAUUGCUUAUUGUGUGCGGAUCGUCAUUAUUUAAAGCAAAUAAUCAUAUGUAAUUAUUGUAAAUAAAUAAAGAAAAGGUUCCAAAUUUUAAUAUAAGUAAUUUAACUACGAUAAUCACAAAUGAAAAUUAAUUUUUGCAAAGUGUUUGUGAAAUGGUUGAAGCAUUGACUUUUUCUAAAUGAUAAGAGAACGAGGAGGGAGUUGUUUACGGCUGAGAAAAAUGCGAAUUUUCUAUCAUACAAUAAUGUAAGUGUUAUAGGAUAUCACGGAUAAACAAUUGAUUAAAUAAAAAUAAAUAAAUAAAAAACAAGUUUAAAAAGAGCGAAUCAGUGUCUUAUAAAACUAAAAUUUGAAGUUAUUAAUUAACAAAGAAAAUGGGAAAGCUGUUGAGUUUAUUGUCGCGCGAUGAUUCAAACUGCUGUGCUGCAAAAUCCUACGAUGUUUUCUUAGACUUUGAGAAUGCCGCACCAACAGAUACAGAGCGUGAAGUUUUCGAAGAAGUUGAACGUGUCCUAAAGGAAUCAGAAAUUGUGCUACAGGAAAUUCAUGUAUAUAAGGGCGCUGGGAAAGAAAUUCGUGAGGCUAUUGCUGAUCCUUCGCCCAAAUGUCAGGAAAAAGCAUGGGACGCUGUUUUGCCUUUAGUGAAGAAAUUGAGACGUUGCUACGAACAUUCACUGGAGCUAGAAAAAAUAGUUCCGAAAUUAUUAGGUCAAUUGGUUGGUGGCAAACUGAAUCCUACCCAACAUCUGGAGACACAACAAGCCCUAGUAAAACAACUUGCUGAAAUUUUGGAGUUUGUACUGAAAUUCGAUGAAUAUAAGAUGAAGACACCAGCUAUACAAAAUGAUUUCAGUUACUAUAGACGUAUUGUGACUCGACAGCGUAUCGACCAGACAAAUUACUCGUUAGUGAGUACAGAAUUGGCAAACCGCAUGUCUUUGUUCUAUGCUCACGCUACACCCAUGCUGAAAGUGCUUAGUGAGGCAACAUCAAAGUUCGUUCACGAUAACGCCAACGAUGUCGAGAAUACGACGGAGACUCUGGGAACUAUGGCGAAAGUUUGUUUAAGAAUGCUUGAAAAUCCCAAAUUGCUUCAACAAAUCGAGCGAGAGGAAACGCAUCUACUAGUUCUGCGAGUAAUGGUUGGGCUUGUAAUUUUGUAUGACCAUGUUCAUCCGGUUGGAGCAUUCGCUCGAGGCUCACAUGUAGACGUCAAAGGUUGUGUACGACUGCUACAGGCACAACCGGCCAUAAAGGCAGAACCUUUGUUAAACGCAUUGCGUUACACGACAAAACAUCUCAAUGAAGAAAACACACCGAAGAAUAUACGUAAUUUAUUGGCAGCAUAAUAAUAACAGCAGACAAGCGUAUAUGCGCAGGAACCAACUGCCAUGAACCCCGCUCCUAUUUUCAAUUACAUUCACUACCAACCCUUCAUGUAAAGUAUUUACUACCACAUGAAAAGAUUUAUAAAAUGCAUACAAAUUUUUUUUUUUAUAUAUUAGUCUAUAAAUUCAAAAUUAUUCCAUGAAAGUACAUACAAUUUUGUAAAUUAAACAUGAGGUAUAAACGAAGUAUGAUAGCACACGUGAGUACUUCGAAACAAAAGCAUUUAAUAUUAAAAACUAUAACGUUAAAAGUUUUAAUAGUUAUUGUAUAUGAUUAUAACAUGUUCAUACUAGAAGACGCAUAGCUCAGUCAGUCCUAUUGUUAAAGUUUUAUAAUUUAUAAGUUAUCGAAAUAACGAUGGACAUAGCCAACAUAUCUGCUUAGAGAAUAAAACAUCAGAAAAAAACGUAUAACUGUGGCAUAAUCCAAAUUUUGCAAACGUAUCAUAUACUAAGUUAAAAAAUAAAAAUGCGUCAAAGUUUAGUUAAUGAUAAAAGUUUUAAAUUUAGAAAAUAAUUUUAAUAUUUAGCAAAUAAGAUCAUUUAUUAGGUAAAAAUUUAAGAUUCGCAUGAUUAUAGAACAUGAAAAGUCAGAAACCCAGACUCAACACGAGUAUUUCAUAAAAUACCAAAAAUUAUAUAUUCUUAAUUGACUUAUUAACCAGUUAAUUUUAUUUAUAAUUGUAUACAUAUAUAUAGGAAACAUUAAAUAUAGAUUAUUUUGUUGCGGUUCUUUAGUAAAAAUUUAAAUUAAUUUGUAUAUACUUAAGUAUCUGAACAAAUGAAUUGCAUUUAUAACACAUUGCUUGUAUAUCACAAACUAUGUAUACAUAUGUAUUUAUGAAUCUAGGGUGUUUAUACUCCGAAAAGAGAAAAUAAGUACAUGUGCAAGUAUGUAUAUAUCGAAGUAUAAUAGAACAUAAAACUUGUUUUUAUAAAAUGAAUAUAACGCAACUAAAUGUCGAAGCUAAAUGAACGAAAUUUGUAUCGACAAAAAUUUUUGUUAUAUAUGUAUAUGUAAGGUAAGCAAGAAAGUAAACUGAAUGAAAUAGAUGCAGAAGUAAACUAUAAUAAAAGAACAAAAUUUGUAUCGACAAAAA